AUGCCAACCAGACACACGGGCAGUCAGCGAUAGAACGUGCUCCCGUUCGGGCACAGUGUGUGUGCGUGUUGUGCUCGGCAAAAAAAAAACUCCACCACGGCCCACCACUACAGCGGGGUGGUUUGGGAAAAAUAUUUCGGAAAAAAGUCACUGCCUUUACUUUCUCGCGUAUGGUUCUAGACGGGUGCUAUUGUUGUUAUGCGUACCGUCCUGUGAGCUACCGUUUUGCCCGACCGGACCCGUCACGGUGUCGUCGUCGUCGUUCGUUAUGAGGUGCAGCUAGCUAGAGCACUAUUUUUGUUUUUCCUGCUAGUGCUCCGGUACAGCUAGCUGUGUGCGUGUGUGUGUGUGGAAAGUGGAAAACGCGUAGUGCCAGUAGCAAUAGUGCCAGCUAGCAAAAUAGUGCGAUAGCGUGUGUGUGAAAGGCAACUCCCGAGACAGCCCGAGGAUGAGACUUCCCAUCUUGGCUGGCACGGCCAGCAGGAAGUUUCUGCUCGGCAGCAUCGUUUUCCUUUUAUGGAUAAAAUUGCCCGACCAACCCGUCAGCGCCUCGGUCGAGACGGAAAUUAUGGAGAAGUGGGCCGAUAACUUUGGAGAGGAGCUGUGGGAUCUAGCACAAACCAUGACAAAGGCGAUGGAAAUUACGGCGAAAUACAAAGCCUACAAUGCGCGGGUAGAGCACAAAGACGGCACAGCGUUGAUACAAUCGAUCGUAGAAAACGUGGGCCGUAUGUUCAUCCGCAAGAUGGACGCAAUCAAGUGCAUCAUCAAUCUGGCCGAGGAGCUGUCCGAGCAGUUCGAGUUCAAUGAAACGCUGGCGGACAACUUCUCCUACUACUCCAGCAAAUACUCGAAUAUUGAUGGACGUCCAGAGCCCGAGAUUCCGGAGACGCUGCAAGAGAACAUGUGGAUGUACCGGAACAUGUCGCUAAAUCCAGACACCCACUUCUUCAACAUAUCGGUCAACACGUCGUACAGCUCGGUGCAUGUGCCCCAGAACGUUUACGAUCGCUACCCGUGGGUGCUGGAGGCACUGCAGUGGUCCGAAUCGCUCGAUGAUGUGUUCCUGCAGAACUACAACUCCGAUCCGGCCCUGUCGUGGCAGUACUUUGGUUCGUACACGGGAAUGUUGCGCCACUAUCCGGCGCUGGAGUGGAACCGCGAGCACGUGGACACGUUCGACUGUCGCAAACGGUCGUGGUAUAUUGAAACGGCAACCUGCUCGAAGGAUAUUGUUAUACUGCUGGACAAUUCCGGUUCGAUGACGGGCUAUCGGAACUAUAUCGCACAGCUGACGGUGAAAAGCAUUCUGGAUACGUUUUCCAACAAUGAUUUUAUAAACAUUUACAAAUACUCGAACGAUGUGGAACCGCUGGUGCCAUGUUUUAAGGAUAUGUUAGUACAGGCAACACCGGAAAAUAUGCGAUUCUUUAACGAAUACGUACGGGAGCUUCUGCCGGAAGGGUAUGCUAACGUAAAGAAGGCUUUCGUAGCCGCAUUCGAGCUUCUCCAGAAAUAUCGUGAAAUACGCCGCUGUAACGAAUCGGUAAGCGGUUGCAACCAAGCAAUCAUGCUCAUUACCGACGGUGUGCCCAGCAACAUCACCGAGGUGUUUGAGGCGUACAAUUGGUUCGAGAACGGAACCAAAAUCCCAGUGCGUGUCUUCACCUAUCUGCUGGGUCGUGAAGUUACCAAAGUGCGGGAAAUCCAAUGGAUGGCCUGUCUGAAUCGUGGCUACUAUUCGCACAUACAAUCGUUGGACGAAGUGCAGGAGGAAGUACUGAAGUACGUUACCGUGAUAGCAACGCCACUAGUACUGCAAGGUGUCGAACAUCCGCCAACGUGGACACACGCGUUCACGGAUACAGCGGAAAACCUACUCACGGAAGCAGACGAUGACGAACCACCCCGACUGAUGAUAGCGGUCGGUGCGCCGGCAUUCGAUCGGAAAGCGAAUCACUACAAUGAAACACGAACCGCACGUCUGCUGGGGGUGGCCGGUACCGACAUUCCGGUGGAAGAUCUCGACGAGCUGACGCUGCCGUACAAGCUCGGCGUCAACGGGUACUCGUUCAUCGUCAGCAACAACGGUUAUGUGCUGAUGCAUCCCGAUCUUCGUCCCGUAUCGAACGGGCGCCUCAAGGAGAACUAUAACAGUAUCGAUCUGACGGAGAUUGAGCAGAUCUAUGACGAGAACAUCACACGCCAGAUAGAGGACAUGACGGGGCGCGAAAUGAGCCCGUUUAUAUUGGAGCUCCGGCAACAUCUCGUUGACUCACAGUUUGGCAACAUGACGAAACUGCCGGUACGAUUCCACUACGACAAGAUGCGUCGGGUUUCGCUCGAAUACCAGGAUUACUACUACGCACCGCUCGAGAAUACGCCGUUCUCGCUUGGUCUUGUGUUGCCCCACGAUUACGGCAGCACCUGGAUCAAGGUAGGCGACGAGAUCAAGCGCAACCAGCACAUGGGGCUGAACAUUUCCGACUUCUUCAUGGGCGACAACUGGAAGGUACAUCCAGACUGGGUAUACUGCAAGUACCAUUAUCUGGAGGGUCACGAAUUCAAAACGCCCGAGGAUGAGCUGCGCCAUUUUCUGAACCGACUGUACGAACCCACCUGGAAGUGGUCCCAACAGUACGAACCGGAGCCCAACGAGAAGGAAUCCGAUGGACCAAACUGUGGCCGGAAAACGCUGGACGACGACGCGUACUACUGCAACAAGGAGCUGGUGCAGCUGCUCAUCUUCGACGCCAAGGUCACCAACAACAGCUACCGGAACUGGGAGUUUGAGAACGAAAACGAACGCAAGAUUAUUGAGAUGUACAACGCGACGCUACGCUUUGUAGCGACGAUGAGUGGCCUCACGCGCUGGCAGUUCAUCUUCGGCGAGGUGGAAGUCGACACGGACAGUGAGUUCGGUGAUUACCACAAGAAAGCGAUCGACGAAACGUGGUACCGGAGUGCCAUCCUGCAGCACAAGAUCGAUCCGAAGAGCUUCGUGUACUCGGUACCGCACGAGUCGGACCCGCCGGAAGACGGUGAGCUGAAGGUGACGGCUACGAUGGCAAUCUUCCCCCGGGACGGUGGCCUAGAGGCACCGGGCUGUGUGACCGGGUUCCAGUUCACGCACUCACUGAUGUACGAUCGGUUUAUGGAGAUUACGUCCAAGACGACGUGCGAUGGAUGUAUUGAGACGUGCGCUUCCGAGUCCCGCGAUUGCUACGUGAUCGAUCACAACGGGUAUGUGGUGCUGUCGGAAACGUCCAACCAUACGGGCCGGUUCUUUGGCGAGAUUGAGGGCGCUAUUAUGCAGUCGAUGGUGGAUAAGGAAAUCUUCACCAUGAUCACCGUGUUCGAUCUGCAGGGCCUGUGCGAGUACGAGCGGGUGGUGGAGAACGAUGCCAUCGCAUUGCUGCACCCAAUGAAGGUGUUCAUGCUCGGCCUCAAGUGGUUGAUUGCCGAGAUCGCCAUCAUGCUAUCCCGGUUUGACUUUUGGGUGCACGGUAUACCCAGUCCGGACUACUUUGGACAUGAGUACGAUGACUACGACGAUACGCGCCCAUCCAAACCGAAAAAGAUACACGUGGACGAGGAGGAGGAGUACUUCAACCGGCCGAAGGAGAUCAAGAAGGAGAUCGUGUACGAGCCGUGUGAUAAGAAAUCGAACCUGUACGUGAUGCAGCAGGAGAAGUUCAUCAAGGGCGAUGGCUUCUUCUACGAACCACCGCCACCGGCCAUGGAAGACCUGCUGUAUCAACCGUACUUUGCGAAGCGUAUACCCCGCUCGAAUUUGCUCAUGAUCAUCGUCGAGAACGAGUACAAGGUCGAUCGGGUGGUGCUGUCUGCCCAGCCCGAGGUGAUCUACCAUAACGAGUCGGAAGCGUUACCGUGCGUGAAGACGAAGCUGAACUUCCUUCCCCGCCGACGUUUAGAGGAGUGUUACACCGAACAUCCGGAUGAAGAGCUCGUUGCCCAGUGUGGCAGUGGAACCCGCCUAACGAUGCAACUGACUGUAGUGAUAUCGACUAUUGUGUCACUGUUUGUUAUAUUAUCGAUGUGCCCAAACUGCUAAUCCAAUUUUAAUGUAGAUUUGUUUUAGGAAACUGGACCUUAGAGGAAGAAUUUUGUAAACUCACUCGCUGUGUUUGUAUGUGUGCGUUUGUCUUUGGGAGCGGAGUGCGUGAAGGGUAGCCUGUUCCUUAGCCCCUAGUCAAACUACCCUCGCGUUACGUGUCGUCCCACAGACCAGAGAUGCACCGGUUAGACUUUGAAAUAACGAGUGUGUGCGUGUGUGUGAGUGUGUACCUCGCGCGUGAUGUGAUUUUUAAAUGAAAAAAAAGAAAUUAUACACUCAACUGCAUACAAACUAGCGAUGAACUUAAAACAACAUAAUGCAGGAAUCUCCACAUUAAACUCUUAACUAAUUCACACGCACAUGAUACACGCACAAUCGGACAGAGACGAACAGGUGAAUUGGAGAAAUACAUUUUGAGGAGUGGGGGGUUAGGAAAAGAAGAAAAAAUCAUCUAAAAGGAAACGUAUAACAAAGGAAAAUACAAGAAACACAUGUUAACUGGCGAGACUUAAGAAUGUAACCAUCGUACUGGAUCGUAUAUGGACCACUUAACACUCUUCUAACCACUUUAGCCGGAUAUGCUGGAGAUAAGCUGGGCAAUGGGCAAUCGUACUCCAAAGGCCUCUUGCCAUGCGGGUACCCGUUUGCCACUUUCUUAUUGUAGAAUGUUAUUGUUUUUUUAUGAAAUAGUACACACUCAUAACGCCAUCCACCUUUUUCCAUCCAUUCAGCACGAAAAAACUGAUACCAUUUGUAGCUCUAAACUGAAGACACUAACUUCUUGUUUGUCUCAGCCCAAUUCAGAGUACUUAGGAAAUGUUUAUUUAAUUUCAACGUUGAAUUGUUACAAGAUAGAUGUAGAUGCAGAUGCAGUUUUGGUAAGGUAAAACAGUCUAAAAUAGUCUCUUCUUUGUUAGUACGCCAUCGAAUCGAACCCAUAUAAAACCCUACCCAACGAAACGAACUUACUAUUGUCCACCUGUGUCGCUAAAGUCUUUCUAAAGAAUGAUCUUGAGACUUGUUCUGGAAUGGCUGAAUCUGAAUUUUAUAACAUAUUUUGAGCAUUGAAUUCGUUUUUAGGUAACGAAAAAAUGCUUUUACAAUUAAUCAGAAGAAGAAAAAAAACAAAAAAAACCCCUAGUCAAUCAACCGUACAAUCGUGUAUUGUGGAAAAAGGGACUCUGUCCGUGAAAAUGCCAAAGGAGGUUACGUUACGUUAGUGUCUGCUGAAAUGCUGAAAUUUUCAGUAUCCUCCACACGCCACAGAUUAACCAAACACAAUCAGUAGAGAACAAAAACAAAGGCAUAAGAAUCAAUAUACAAAUUAGAAACAAUAGUCAGAAUAGAACUACCAAACUCCA